UGGUUGAGCUCAACUACUUCUGUUGAUUUGUUGGUUAAUCAAGAAGAGAAUAACACGCCUUUAUAGACGGCUCCGAUCCAUAACACGAACAAUUACAUCUUGCGGAGCGAGGAGAAACCAAACACAAAUGGAGUUAGGAUUAGGGAUCAGAAUAUAGCUCUUGGGAGUGAAGCAUGUGACGUGCUGUUAUGAGAUUACGACAUUAAGCAGACGGCGGAUCAAAGGGGCUCUUUUUUUGGCAAAUGGGAAAUUUUGAGGCUAGUGGAAUAGCAAAUGGGAAUUGGGGGAGGGGAGGAGAAAGAGGAGACAGGCGGAAGAGCUAGUUGGGGGAUGGUGGUGGCUUGAGCGACACGGAACAGUCAUAGUCGGCUUUAUGAGGAUAAUUAUAAAGAAAUGAAGGUAGUUGCAUUAGUUGGAUGGUAAUAUUUUUAAUUACUUAACUAAUUAAUUAAUUUUUAAUUUUGGGACUUAGGGAGUGAAGAAAUUUAUAUUUUUUUCGUUUUUGAAAAAUUAUUUACUAAAAUUUUCUUUGUGAUGUCUAAUUUUAAAAAUUAUUUUUUUUAUUGAUCUUUCUUAUCUUAAAAAUUAGUUGACAAAAGCACAAUCUUGUGGUGUGGGGGCAUGAUAGCAAAUAAUAUUUCUCCAACUAUAUGAGAAAAUUUCUUUGUUGAGAGAAAUCCUCUAUUCUGUUGAGGAAAUCCUUCCUCUUAAUCUGUAUAAAUAAAAUAGGGAUAUAUUAAUGUAUUUAAACUUUUUUAAUAAAGUUUCUUCAAUAAAUAUUGAAGAAUAGAAGAUAAAAAGAAUUAUUAAAGAAGUUUUAUUGAAGAAGCUUUAAAUGUAUUAAUAUGUCCAGAUUAGGAGGGAGAAUUUUCCUUAACAGAAUAGAGGAUUUCCCUCAACAAAAAGAUUUUCUCAUAUAGUUGGGGAUACUAAUUUUGGAUUGAUGCUGUUGUUGCUACGGCUGCAGCAAAGGAGAAAGCUAUAGCAAUGGAGAAAACUAUAACAAUGUUGUAACAAAAGAGGAAGCUACAGCAGAGGAGGAAGCUACAACGAUUUGGUAGAGAAAUCUAUAGCGAUUUGCUCUUAGCAUGAGUUGAGGAUCAACAGUUGACAGUGAGGCAGCGGGCUACGACUGAUGCAUAUCACAACCUAAUGAAGACGAUGCUACAACGACGGAUAACUCGAGUCUAGGGUCGGUGCAGGCAGCGUCGGUGAAGAAAAAGGCCGCAUGGAGGAGAAGAGGAAAGGAGCGAACAGGGGUUGGAGAGGGAUCCAUUACCGAGGGUGAGUAGCCGGCUACACCAAAACAGGCCCUCAUUGUUGUGGUCGCACCUGAUGGCGACGCCAAGUGUGGUCACGACAGCGGCUGGGGUAGCAGCGUACGACAGCGACUGGGGUAGCAGCGAAAGCAUCACGCAUCGUACAACGAACGAUCGUACAGCGGACGGAGAGAGUCCAGCAAAAAAGAAUAAUAGAAGAUAAGAAGAAUUAUUGAAGAAACAAAAGAAUAAUAGAAGAUAAGAAAUAAUAGAAGAUAAGAAGAAUUAUUGAAAAAACUUUAAUUGAAAAAGCUUAAAUGCAUUAAGCUGCCCUCUACUAUUUAUAUAGAUUAGGAGGGAAGAUUUUCCUAACAUAAUAGGAUUUCCUUCGAUCAGAGUAAAGGAAUUUCUUAAAAAAUCUUAUCAGCUAUCAAAGAAAAUCUUAUCUGCUAGAUAACUUAAAAUACUGGUUAGUUCAAGAUACACCUAGGACACCAUGCUAUCUGAUAAAAGUUCAAACAUGCUAUCUCCAUAUGCCCGGCAUGGUCGAGAAGUGGGUAAACCUAACAAUGAGGGUAGAAGGAAAAUUUUGGAUCUAUUUAGGCCCAUUUAAGCCCAACAUCCUGGCCCGUAAGAAAAUGGAGUUAAAUGGGUUGUUGAUUUCUCGGGCAGGAUCAUGCAACCCAUAUUGCCACUGACGCAUGGAUGGAGAAUGGAGGAGUUGUAGUUUAAGCAGCUGUAACAUCUCUGAACAACUCUUCCGUUCACCAUUUCCCCCCUCAGUCCUUUCACCACGGAACUGUUGGUAGAUAGAUUGCAAGAACUAAAAGAUCGAUCUAGGUGCUGUUUGUGUUAUCUCAAACAUACAUUAUUGCAUGAAUGCAUGUAACGUCAAAAACGCAUAGUACAGUGUUAUCCCAAGUACAUUAGUUAAUCAAUCACCGUCAGCCCUUGUCAUACAUAGCUUUUGGAACCCAAGUAAGAUGCCAUUGAACAACUGUAAUGGGGAUGUUUCGAUACCAUCAAAUUCCAUUAUGAUUGAGAGAACAGGUCGUUCUUAAUGUAUUUGUCUCCACUUACGGCAAAAUAUAAACAAACGAGAUUGAUCCUUCGUGUUCCUUUCGUUGCAAACAAAUGCCUGAAGCCGCAUCCCGUGAGUCUUUCGGUGAUGAACCACGAUAACAUGUCGCAUGAUGAAAAGUAGAAGAAUGCACCAUUGUUAACAAAACUAAGAAGAUGGGAUAAAAUAAUUGGUAGAUGCAAGGUUUAUCUGUGAGCUUAAAACCGGCUCGAUGCUUAAGUUAAAGGCAAUGAACUUGAAGUAGGGUGACAAGGUUUUGUCUGAUCCCACACACAAAUUGCACGGGAGAGCUAGACAUGGAUACACGAAGGUGCAUAUAUGCACACCAAGUGGCACUGCAUGACAAUAGCGAGUAAUAAGUCCCACUCCCACUCGGUAUUAUAUACUCACGUGGAAAAUUGUCGUGUAACCGCACCCAUUGUCUUCUUCGUUUUGGCGUUUAGGUGUGUAAAGAUAUGGUCAAGUUUUGGAUCAUGUGGAUUCAAGAAGACGAUGAGGUAGCACUGCAUGUUUAAACUGAUGAACAGUGAAGUAUAUCUUUGUGGAAACAAGCGUGUAGGUUUUGCUGCGACUCUGACUGCCAAUCCAGCUACUGGUUUAAAUAGUGUCUUCUUCUUCUUCCUCCUACACACAUUAACAUUCCCCACGCUUUCAGUAUUCUUAUAGACCUAAUUCACGGAUCUCAUCCUCCUUUUCCUUCUCCUCCUCCAUCGCCAUUGAAGUCACCAAACCCAAUCCAUUAAAUUCCCAAUCGACAGCACUUAGGUAGUCAUGGGGGCAAAACGAGCGGCCUACGGGAAGCACCCGACCUACCACGGAGUUCGGUGCCGCUACGGUAAGUGGGUGACGGAGAUCCGCGAGCCGCGGAAGGAGAGCCGAAUCUGGCUCGGCGCAUACCCGACGGGCGGCCGUGGCCUACGACGUCGCCGCCUAUGUUGGGAAAAAGAUACGACAAAGAAGAGGAUAAAAAACACUAUGGAAACAAAUAACAAACACAAGAUCAAGAAUACUUUAGGAAAGAUAUUUAGGCUUGAAACGUGUAUAAACACUUUCCUAAAAACGAUAUUUGCACCCUCUUCACAAAACAGCGCCACCUCCCAAGACUUCCCGGGCGAGGUUGCGUCGCGCCCCGCCCCAACCACGGCGUCCCCGGCCGCCAUCCACGCGGCAGCCAAGGAUGCGGCUGCGUCGUUGCUGGGGAAGGCCAGGGUCGAGACCAGCGAGGCUGUAGCAUUGCAUGGGCUGGGGAACGAUGCCAGCGAGUUCGUUGACGAUGAGUCAAUGUUCAAUAUGCCGCAGUUGCUGGUGAACAUGGCAGAGGGAAUGCUUUUGAGCCCACCAGCAUGGAGCGCGCACCACUCGCCGGAGGUCUUAGAAUGGGAGAGCCUGUGGAGCUAUCAAUAGUCCGCAUAAGAAGCGUCCAGUUUAGCGUCUUCAGUUACCAUAGGCGUGACAAAUACCGAGUUUUGUGGAAUCAGUGGAAUGAAUCCUGAG